AUGCUCAUUAAACUGACAAAUGACUCGCUGUCCUGUUCGAAGGUGACAGAGUUGGUGCUCGAUAACUGCCGAUCCAGCAACGGCGAAAUCGAAGGCCUGAAUGAUUCGUUUAAAGAACUUGAGUUCCUUAGCAUGGCCAACGUAGAGCUGACAUCGCUGGCCAAACUCCCCACGUUGAGUAAGCUCCGCAAGUUGGAGUUGAGCGACAACAUCAUUUCAGGAGGCCUGGAGGUCCUUGCAGAAAGAUGUCCGAAUCUCACAUAUCUAAAUCUAAGUGGCAACAAAAUCAAAGAUCUUGGCACUGUGGAAGCUCUUCAAAAUCUCAAAAACUUGAAGAGCCUUGACCUGUUCAACUGUGAGAUUACAAACCUCGAGGAUUACAGAGACAGCAUUUUUGAGCUGCUUCAGCAAAUCACGUACCUAGAUGGAUUUGAUCAGGAAGAUAACGAGGCACCGGACUCGGAAGAUGAUGAUGAUGAGGGAGAUGAAGAUGACGAUGAUGAAGAUGAGGAUGAAGCUGGUCCUCCAGGAGAGUAUGAAGAGGAAGAUGAUGAAGAUGAUGGAGGUUCAGAUUUGGGGGAAGGAGAAGAGGAGGAGGAAGUUGGUCUUUCAUACCUGAUGAAAGAAGAGAUUCAGGAUGAAGAUGAUGACGAUGACUAUGUUGAAGAAGGAGGUGAUGAGGAGGAAGAAGCAGAGGGCGUUCGAGGGGAGAAGAGGAAACGAGACCCCGAAGAUGAAGGCGAGGAAGAGGAUGAUUAA